CCCAGUCCCCGCCCACUAGGACGGAGGUCCGCUCGGCUCGGCUCGGCUCGCACUGACUCCCUCCUCUCCCUGAUGCGCGUGCCCCCAUGCGGCGGCUCCGACCCACUUAGCCCCCGGCCGAGGCUGCGGCGCCAGCGGCGAUGAAGCGGCCGCUGCGGCGGUCGUUCGCGGCGCUCCUCUUCGUCGUGCUCGUCGGCGUGGCUUCAUUCCACACCGCGCUCCGACGGGCCGUGGCGCCCGCUCCCGUUCGGGAACCCUCGCCGGUCUUCGACCCGGCGCGCCUCAACGCCACGCUGCUCCGCCUGGCCGCCGUCGAUCCCUCCGAGGCGUCGCUGCGGCGCGACGUGGACGACCUCCUCGAGGGCCGCCUCCCGGCCUCCUCCGCGCGCGCCCGCGCGUGGCGCCGGGACAGGCUCGUCCACCCGCUCCACCUCCGCCACCACCAGUUCCCGCUCCACCGCCGCGGCCACCACCCGGACCACGACCACGACCCCCUGCUGCACCCGCUUCCACGUCACGAGCAGCUCUACAUCGACCCUUCCCUCCGCCGCGCGCUCCACUCCUGGUACCGCCUCCGCCGCUACGACGCGGCCGUCCUCCGCAACCUCCCCUCCCUCCUCUCCCUCCCCGGCCGCAUCUCCUCCUGCGCCGUCGUCGGCAACAGCGGUAUCCUCCUCCGGGCAAACCACGGGCCCCUCAUCGACUCCCACGCUGCCGUGUUCCGCCUCAACAACGCCCGCAUCUCGGGCUACGCCGCGCACGUCGGCAGCAAGACCAACUUCUCCUUCAUCAACAGCAACAUCCUCCACCUCUGCGCGCGCCGCCCCACCUGCUUCUGCCACCCCUAUGGCGACGGCGUCCCCAUCCUCCUCUACAUCUGCCAGGCCGUCCACUUCCUCGACGUCGCCGCCUGCAACGCCUCCUCCCCCUCCCGCCACGGCGCCCCCAUCUCCGUCACCGACGCCCGCCUCGACGUCCUCUGCGCACGCAUCGUCAAGUACUACUCCCUCCGCCGGUUCGUAAUCGAGACGGGCCGUGCGGCCGAGGAAUGGGACCGCGUGCACGACGCCGCCAUGUUCCACUACUCGUCCGGGAUGCAGGCCAUCAUGGUCGCGGUGGGAGUGUGCGACAGGGUCAGCGUGUUCGGCUUCGGGAAGGCCACCGACGCGAAGCACCAUUACCACAGCAACCAGAAGACGGAGCUGGACCUCCACGACUACGAGGCGGAGUACGCCUUCUACCGCGACCUCGCCGAGCGCCCGCAGGUAGUCCCCUUCCUCAAUGAUGCCGGGUUCGCCGUCCCGUCCGUCAUGUUCUACCAUUAGGCCAGCUUCGUAGAGUGCGCGCCAUGUGCUCGACGUUAUGUGCCACGUGUGGUUUUUCUUUUGGGGGUUUUGAUUAGUGAGUACAAUGUAAAACUUGCUCUGUAAGGUGGAUUAAUGUAUUGUGAUUAGACGAUAGGCAAAUUCAGAUAGCAAAUUUUCGUGUUCUGUUGGAGUUAGAAGGUGUAUAUUGGGAUUUAGGCUUAUAUUGGGAUUUAGGCUUCAGCACGACAGUAGGCGUGCUUUAGAAUUGUAAGCUUAGAUUAAUAUUUCAAUUUAUUAAGAAACAAAUGUAUAUCUUAUAUACAACUUACCAUCGCUUUGCUACUGUGUUUUCCCUGUAUGAAAACAGCUUAUCUGCACGUAGUUCCUCUUUUUCCCAUGAUACCUCAAUUUAAGAACACAUGGCAUUUUAUUUUCAUGAACUUGUUGUAUAAACUCUUUUGCAGUCAUGUUGUACCCUUGUCCCAUGUAUCAUCACGAAAAGAUAACUGAGGUAUGAGGUAUAUAAAUUCAUUUUUGCCGAGUC